UUUGGGUGAUAAGCAAAAUGCAAAUACAUUCCUUAUAAUCCAUGUUCCUGACCCACUUGGUAGGAAGAGGAAUGGUAGGUUAUUGAGGAGGACUCUUUGUUUAAAGCUUGCAAAUUAAAGCAAAGACAAAACCUCACUUUUUCCCUCAUAAGAAAAACCAUGAACAAGGAUGAUGAGAUGGACCAAAAAACCAUCUUAGAAGAACUUCUCGUAAAGAAGUCACAACAAAAGAAGAAAAUGUCACCAAACAAUUACAAAGAAAGACUUUUUGUCCUGACAAAAACACACCUCUCCUACUAUGAUUAUGAUAAGAUGAAAAAAGGCAGCAAGAAAGGAUCGAUUGAUAUUAAGAAAAUUCGGUGUGUUGAAAGAGUGAAUCUUGAGGAACAAACCCCCAUGGACAGACAAUAUCCAUUCCAGAUUGUUUAUAAAGAUGGCCUUCUAUAUGUGUAUGCAUCAAAUGAAGAGAGCCGAAGCCAGUGGUUAAAAGCUCUUCAGAAAGAGAUAAAGGGAAACCCUCACCUGCUCAUCAAGUACCACAGUGGAUUCUUCACCGAUGGCAAGUUCCUUUGUUGUCAGCAGAGUUGUAAGGCGGCUCCUGGAUGCACCCUCUGGGAGGAAUAUCCAAAUCUACAGGUGGCAAGCAUCCCUGGGAAAUCAAUAUUCCCCAACAUUCCUGAUAGACUGCUGAAGAUUCCACGAGCAGUUGCUGUUCUUCCACUUCAUGGAUCAUCCCCAAAAUCCAUGACAGCAGAAUUUGAUUCAGAGCUGAGAAUUCAGAGUUCCGAGACAGAUGCAUGUACACGAGGUGAAAAUGCUGUUUCUGGGAUCCAGUUAAAGAAACAUGUAAAAACUCAGGGUAUACCAAUGAUUUCCUGGGGAGAUGCAAGAUCAAGUUCAUCUGAGGAAGAGGAAAGCCUUAACAACUAUGACUGGUUCGCAGGUGAUAUCUCAAGAGCCCAGUCUGAACAAUUACUGAGACAAAAGGGAAAAGAAGGAGCAUUUAUGGUUCGGAACUCAAGCCAAGCAGGACGAUACACAGUAUCCUUAUUUAGUAUGGCCCUAAAUGAUAAAAAAGGAGCUGUAAAACAUUAUCAUGUGCACACAAAUGCUGAAAACAAAUUGUACUUAGCAGAAAAUUAUUGUUUUGAUUCGAUCCCUAAGCUUAUUUAUUAUCAUCAACACAAUUCAGCAGGCAUGAUUACUAGGCUUCGACAUCCAGUAUCUACCAAAGCCAAUAAGGUCCCAUUCACAGCAUCCUUGGGAAGCGGAAUUUGGGAGCUAAAGCGUGAAGAUAUUACUCUUUUGGAAGAACUGGGAUGUGGACAGUUUGGAGUGGUGCAUCUGGGAAAAUGGAAGGGGAAGUAUGAUGUUGCCAUUAAGAUGAUUAAGGAAGGUUCCAUGUCAGAAGAUGAAUUCAUACAGGAGGCCCAUACCAUGAUGAAACUCAACCACCCGAAGCUGGUCAAAUUCUAUGGUGUGUGCACUGAGAAGUACCCCAUCUACAUAGUGACUGAGUACAUCACAAAUGGUUGUUUGCUCAGCUAUCUGAAAUGUCAUGGGAAAGAACUCCAGCCCUUCCAGCUUCUGGAAAUGUGCUACAAUGUUUGUGAAGCAAUGGCAUUCUUAGAGAGCCACCAGUUCAUACACCGAGACUUGGCUGCUAGGAAUUGUUUGGUUGACAGUGACCUUUCAGUGAAAGUAUCUGACUUUGGAAUGACCAGAUAUGUUCUUGAUGAUCAGUAUGUCAGCUCAGUAGGAACAAAGUUCCCAAUCAAGUGGUCAGCACCAGAGGUGUUUCAUUACUCCAAAUAUAGCAGCAAGUCAGACGUAUGGGCCUUUGGAAUCCUGAUGUGGGAAGUGUUCAGUUUGGGAAAACAACCUUAUGAACUCUAUGAUAAUAGGCAGGUGGUGACAAAAGUUUCCCAAGGUUAUCGGUUGUAUCGUCCACAGCUAGCUUCAGACAACAUCUACCAAAUAAUGUACAGCUGUUGGCAUGAGCUUCCAGAAAAACGUCCCACAUUUCAUCAGCUCCUGUCUUCCAUUGAUACUCUCCGGGAAGAUGACAAACUUUGAAAAAAGAAAAUGGAAGAAAUACAUACAGUGAACAUAAAAUCUGGCAACUAUCUUCAUUCUUUUUAAGGGAAGCAGAAAGGACUGCAGUCUCAGUAGUUUAGUUGCUUCAACUCAGUGUUAUGUCAUUUAUUGUUUGUCCUUUAUAAUGUAGAGGAGUGAAUAAGAUAAAGGAGGAAAGUUUCCAGGGAUUUUGGGGCGAUCAUCUGACUAAAAUUUACUGAUAUUACUCCUAAGAGAACAAUACUUCCUUGAUGAAAAUAGAAUUACAUUUCAUGCCCAUUUCUAUUAAACAGUAUUCAUUUUUCACUACUUUUAUAAAUUAAAUAGAAAGUUAAAAUGAUUGAUUUAUUGAAGUUUAUUUUAUCAGACUGGAUUCUUAUUUUUUUUCUUAGAGCAUAAUCAUUAAGUUUAGACCUGAAGGGAGAGAUUAAUAACCCAGCCCCUUCAUGAAAUCCAGAGAGGGGAAAUCACCUUUUUGAAGUCAUAUCAGUAGUAAAUCACUGAGCCAAGAUUUGGAAAUCUAGUGUGUCAUCCUUAAAAGCUUUUUUUUUUUUUAAAAGCAAUUAAUUAUGAUUUUGACCUGCUAUCAGAGUAUAUGUUAGAAUUGUUAAUUUAUACUUCAAAAGCUUGUCUUUGAUCCCUACUAUGUAUUAUUUCGGUAACAAAAGUACCCUGUCACCAGGCCAUGGUGGUCUCUCAUUAUAUAUUCUAUGGUCCAAACCAAUAGGUAUAAUAUUUGGCAGAAAGCCGUAUCAGAGCUAUAAAUUUUUCUACUCAUGGUAUAAAAAUAAAAUGCUAUGAAUAUUUAGUUGUAGAAAUUCUUCUGAACUAUUAGUGUUUCUUCUGCAUAUAUCUUCCUCCCCAUAGAUUUAUUUUGUUUUUUUGCUUAUAUAAAAGCUUUUGUACAUGCGAUAUCCUACUAAAUAGAAUGUAAGCUCUUUGAGAACAGUCACUGAUUUAUUUUUGUCUUUGUAUUCUAGUAUUUAGUGAGUAUUGAAUAAAUUCUUGCUGAUUGAUUGAGGA